AAGCGAUGAUGCAAACCUAGGUUUUUUUUUUUGUUCUCGCCAAUGCUUUGAUAAUUUAUUUAUUUAUUUAUUUAUUAGAAUGCUUCACUUCCUCGUUUACGAUGAUCGGCAGCGGGCGGCAACGCGCAGCGUAUGCGAACGACGGCAAAUGUCGCCGGCUUUGCUGCUUCUCAGACUUUGGGUGGCGGUUGCGGAUCUGAAUGACGGCAAAUGUCGCCGAAUUCGCAGCUCCAUCCUCAGGCUUUGGGUGGCGGUCGCGAAUCUGAACGACGGCAGAUUUCACGGCUUUGCAGCUCCUCAGGCUUUGGGUGGCUGUCGCGGAUCUGAACGACGGCAGAUGUCGCUAGCUUUACUGCUCCUCAUGCUUUGGGUGGCGGUCGCGGAUCUAAACGACGGCAGAUGUCGACGACGCUGGUUGCUGCUCCUCAAAUGUCGCCGGCUGCCAUGGAGAACGAUGGCGUCAGUGAACAAGGGUGGUGCCUUCCCUGCUUCUUCCCUGUCGCUGGUGGCCGGAAAACAUCACCCGAAUAGUGUCUUUGGCCGGAAAGAUGGUAGUUCAUCAGGUAAAGGAGGAAACAAAGGGCAUAGGGAGAUCUCAACAGGACGAGCAACACAAGUAUCUGUAAAAAUGAAGGCUCUCAGGUUGAUGAUGCGGAGACUCGAACCCAUGACUUUUAAUAUAGGGUUGACUCUAAAAUCAAAUUGAAGCAUGUGCUCCAUCUUAGCUAGAAGUCUAAAUUUAUAGUUAAAUUGCACAUUUAUAUUUGUAUAUUAUAAUUGGAAAUACAUUUUAAUUUUUUUGAUUUGAGUAAUAAAAUUUUUGAACUUUUGGA